AUGCAGUUCUUCGCCCGCGAAGUUGCUCUUGUAGCAGCUGCGACACCCUUUCUGACGAUUCCUGGCAAGUACAACGUUCAGUUGAAGCCUGACACGGAUGUUACCUCCAUCGCCGCCCAUCACAAUGUAAUCCGCGAGAUUCACGCUCGUGACAUUGCCAAGCGUGAUACUGUGGCCGAGGAAGAAGCUGGUGUUGAGCGCGAGUAUGGCUUCGGUGACUUCAAGGGCUACGCUGGUGCUUUUGACGCGGCUACCGUUGAGGAAUUGAAGUCUCUGCCUGAGGUUUUGAAAGUUGUCGAGGAGUACAUCAUGACCACCAGUGCGCUUGUCACCCAGAACAAUGCACCUUGGGGACUCGACAGCAUCUCGUCACGCACUCGCGGUGCUUCGAGCUACAUCUACGACAACACUGGUGGACGUGGUACCUUCUCCUACGUCGUGGAUACCGGUAUCAGGACUACUCACAUAGAGUUCGGCGGCCGUGCCCAGGUUGGCUUCAAGGCAGUGGGUGGCAACAAUAACGACAAACAGGGCCACGGAACUCACGUUGCUGGUACGGUCGGUGGCAACACCAGAUCGCCUGCUCGCUCGCCCGAAGUCCUGUGCGUCGGUAACGUCCAGAGCACCGACGCUCGUUAUGGAGGCAGUACCGGGUCGAACUUUGGUCCUACGGUCGGCGUCUUUGCUGCUGGCACUGGCAUCGUGACAGCUUACUUCUCGGAUACCUCGACUGCUACGUUGACUGGUACUUUAAUGACCUCGCCUCACGUUGCUGGUCUCUUCAGCUAUCUGCGUGGCCUUGAAGGCUUAUCGAGCGCUGCCGCUAUCAAGGCAUGGGUGCUGGAGCUGGCUACACCAAACAGGGUUACUGAUACCCAGGGUUCUGCAAACCGGUUGGCCUACAACGGCAACGGCCGCUUGAGGGAAGUCAGAGGAUGA